AUGGUAUACGAUCCAGAAAACGUGGUGGUGAACGAUCCAGAAACUCUGAAUACCCACUUCAGGGCAGGUCAGGGCAAAAUCCAAAACUUCAGCGCGUUCUCAGCGUCGUCCUCAGAGUCCUCGUCCGUUACAAGUCAACUUGGAGAAGUGCGCAUGCGCGGUGACAGAACUAAGAAGUCUGCUGAAAUUAAGGAGGACUUCCUCAUUCCUGACUGUAAAAAUGAAGAUUAUCUUGAAGAGAUCAGCCAGAUUGUCUCAAAACACCGUGGGUCAAAGCUGAGACUAGGGAAAGUUGAAAAAUUCACUUUCAGAGUUGGGUCUUUCAAUGACACAUGGUACAAAGAUGAACCUGACAUACUGGAGGAGUGGGAGCAGUUCUAUCUACCUGAUCACAUGUUUAUGGAGGUGAUUGGUGUACUGGAAAACUUCUACAAUGAGACCAGUCGGGAAUUGGUGUUGAUGGUGUGUGAGGAUGGAAAAGUUUACGCUUAUGAAGACGAAUACCUGCAUCUAGUCGCUAAAAGCCUAAAAGAUCUCUUUGACUGUAAGGUCCAGUUUCCGGGAAUCAAACAAUACUACUCUGGCCAAGCAUUUGAGGACAUGACAGAUGAAGAAUGGGAUAAAGUGAAGAAUUCAAAAGAAGUGACUCAGGCAAACAAGGAAAAACAGCAAAUGCUGAAGGUCCUCCUGAAUAAUUUGACCAUUGUUACUCAAGGGCUGCAGAAAGAGCAGCCAGGUAGCAGCUGUGUACCAGUAAAAAAGGAUCCGGUGAAACCUCCACAGAGAAAAAACAAGAAAUCCUGCAAGUCUGCUGCAAGGAACUGCAGUCAUGCAAUCUUGGGGAAGCGCAAAAUGACAUGUUCUUCUUGUUAGCUUCACC